AUGGAACGUGUACCAGUACUCAUCAAGAGCAAUGGACAAUGGAAUGAAGAUCACAAUUAUGAGAACUAUGUGGCUAGUGGAGAAUUCAUACCAACAAAAUGCAAGUACGAAGAGCUACUGCAAAUACUGGUUACUUCAUUGGGGUGCGAAAACACCAGCACAACACUACAAAUACAGUACCAAGCUAAAGAAGGAAUACCACCGAUCAAAAUAUGCAACGAUCGAAGCCUCUACUUUUACUUGGAAUUGAAAAUGAAGGAAACAGAUUUCACAACAUAUCCACUAUGUGUGAACCAGGAAAACAACAACAAAACACGUGCUGCAACACCAAAUUCGAUAUCCACAACAACACCGAUUGAAUACAAUGUCGCAAUGAUCGAAAACAACACAACAACGCUUGAAAACAACAUAACAACAACAGAAUCGUACACAACAGGACAGCAAACGGUAGAAGGGGAAAAGUCAGAAACAAUAGAAGAUGAGGAGGACAAAUUCGACAUAAUUGACUAUGCAAAUCUGGUUGCUGAAGAAAUGGUAGAACAACUUGAAAACACCAGUAAAAAACUGGAUCCAGAAAUUGACAUCAACAAUGCAAAGUUAAUAACAGACAAGCAACACCCCGAAGUGGAAAAAGGACAGGCAUACAAAGACAAAGAAACACUAAAAAAUGUCCUCAGCUACUACGCAAUCAAAAACAACUUUCAGUACAAAGUGUGGAAGUCCUGCUCUCAAGAAUACAGUCUGAAAUGUGUUUAUGAAAGCUGCAAUUGGUCACUAAGAGCAUCGAGAAAUGGGCCAACAAACACAUUCAUAAUCAGGAGGUUCUCAAAUAUGCACACAUGCCCCAUAAAUAUAAGGCAUGAAGACCAAAGGCAAGCAACAUCGAAACUGAUAGGGGAAUGCAUAAAACCGAAGUUCUUGAACAUAAAGACCAAGGCAACAGCGAUGGACAUAAAAGGGGAGUUGAAAUACAGAUUUGGCAUCAAAAUGAACUAUAUGAAAGCUUGGAGAAGUAAGGAACAUGCAGUAAACGACUUGAGAGGAAAUGCUAGUGACUCGUACAGCCUAAUACCGAGUUUCUUACACAUGGUGGAAAAAACAAACCCUGGAUCAUUUGUGGAUCUGAAAACGGCAGAAGACAACAGCUUGCUCUUUGUUUUCAUGGCGUUGGAUGCAUCCAUAAAAGGGUGGGGAGCAUGCAGACCGAUAGUUGUUGUGGACGGAACGUUCCUCAAAGCAGCUUAUGGGGGAACUUUGUUGUGCGCAUGCACACAAGAUGCGACAGAGUCAUAUUUUUCCACUAGCGUUUUGUGUUGCAUUCGAGAAUGA